CAACAAUUCUAAUUUAGAAAAGACAUUACCAUAAAUCAGACAUGAGUAUUGUUCGUGGUUCCAAAAAAAAAUUUAUAUGAUUUAGGUUGAAUGAAUGUGUGAUUCGAUACAAUUUAUGUGAGUGUCAGUGUAUUAACCAUAACAGUGUGCUAGAGUAAAAAGCAACUCUCUUUGAAUCCAUUACUUUUGCAGCACUCUACUUCAAUGGAAAGAAGAAAAAAGAGAAGAGGGAUGAAAAAAAGAGAAAGAAAGAAAAGAGAGAGUAAGAAUGGAAGAGAAGAACCACACCAUCCAGUUGCAGAUCCAUCCCUCGAACCCAAUCUGCCCUGUCCGGUAAUGAAGGUGGAAACCAAGAACUCCCGCAUGCCUCCCUAUGGAGUAGCCCCGUGGCUUGUCUUUUCUCAUGGAAAACGUGAAAAAACCAAAACCUUCUUCAAUGUAUCUGAGGGGAGUUACUAUGUGAGAAAUAUACCUGAGAUGCGCGGAUCAGAUUUUCUUGCCUGUUGCUAUGGCUGGUUGGUGAUGCUGAAUAAAACUAGUGACGACCUUUUUCUGCUUAACGCCGUCUCAUUGCAGAAAAUCCAGUUACCAUAUUUUAGUGAAGACUAUUCUCUUAGAGACUGUGUUCUCUCGUCGCCUCCAACUGAUCCUGAUUGUGUGAUUUUAUGCAUUGUCUGUUCAACUGAUUUUUUUAUAUAUUGUCAUCCAGGCGGUGACAAAUGGAUCAAACGGAAGUAUGGAAUUCCAAAAGAGGAAGCUUCCAUUUGGGAAUUGCUCUCCUGCAAUGGAAAAUUAUAUACUUACGAUUUUACGAGGCUUGGAAUUAUUGAUGUCAAUGCUGAUCCCCCGUUAACAUGGUUGGAAGAACCAAAGAGCCCAAAGUCCCCCCCGUUGGUUGAAACCAGAAGAGAUUAUAUGGUGGAAUCUUGCGGUGAUAUCUUUCUAGCUCGGUUAUUUCAUCUUAUAAUUGUACCACGGGUUUCGAUUGUUGAGGUUUACAAGAUGGAUUUUGAUAGGAUGGUUUGGGUAAAGGUUGAUACUUUAGGUGAUCGUGUGCUGUUUUUGGGCAGUGACUAUUCUACAUCUUGCUCUGCGUCGGAUUCAGGAAUAAAAAGGGAUUGCAUCUAUUUUACAAAGCCAAAGGAUAAAAGUUUAUAUGUAUUUCACUUAGAUAGAGGGACUAUUUCCAUGAAAUUGCCUUGUCCAAACGUUCGUCUACCUUGGGUCGAACCUUUUUGGGUAAUGCCUGCAGUGUAAACAUUUGUUUCUAUGACAAACACACUCUGUUUA